GUAUCAGUGCGUGUGACAAAGCACAAAGAGCACUGACUUCAAACUCUACCUGAAUUUAAUAUGUCAUAAAGCAGGAUCCAAGAUGGACUUGGGACUCCUUCGGCAGGUUUCCGUGGCUCACAGGCAAGGACAAGACAGCCACCAUUUCUCGCAUCUGCGGCUCGGACUUAUCGGAAAAACUGUGGAAUGCCUAGAAGAUACCUCAAAUCGGUAUCUCCUGUCCGCCAUUUUUGAUUUCAAGUUAGAUGCUGAACAUUCUGGUUUAUCCUACGCCCCUUCAUGUCAGAAACACAAGAAAGUUUUGGGUGAGAUUAUCAAGACUGCAAACAAACAGUUGAAAGAGGCGUGCAAGGGUUGUUCGAAUUGCGUGGAACAUAUAAAAUACGUCGAUCACUUCUUCAAGAAAGGGGGACUUUCUUCUCUUGUCAGUGAUACCCAAAGAGAACUACACAAACAGAAUUACAGAGUUCGAGAGUUACAGACAGAACUUCGCGAAAUACAAAGACAAUUGAGUGAGAAGAUAUCUGAGAACAGUACUCUUAAGGACGUGAACAACAUUUAUCUUUCACAACUGGAGGGAAAAAGCACAGAAGAGCAAACGUUGCGAUCGACGACGGGCGAUUUGUCGACCAGAAAUCAAAGCAUGACGUCAAAGAUGGCACAGCAAAAUAAGAGGCUGGCCGAAUUGCAGCACAGGAUAAACAGGGAAUUAAACCCGCACGCCGUUAAUGUUGCCAGACCGGCUGCGGCCACGACCCCUGACCAGUUGGUGGACAUGUACACGAUGGACCUGUACGAGGAAGAGCACGACAGAGCUCUGGACCAACUGCAAGACGACUUUGAAUUCACGGAAGAAGAAGGGAUCGGUAUUUUGUUCACAGCAGUGACGGUGUCAUAUGAAUGCACAGAAAAGGCGCUUCAGAACUAUACGCAGGGGUGGAAGGCCUCGCUGAGGGUACCGACGAUAGACGUCAAUUUCAACCAAACCUUUCACGGUCAUGGGAGUUUUCGCACGUCUUCAGAGGGCAAACACAGCCAUUCUUCCGACAGUCGGCAUAGUUCAUUAGAUGCCAAUCUUCCCAGGCACGUGGAAGACGCAUGCGCAGACAGCGAAGAAGAGAAGGAACUUUUCGAUCGGAUAUCGCACACGAUUCGGCAGUUCCUGGUCAACAACACAGAGCGGCAUGACUUAAAGGAAAUAAAUCAGGAUGUGUUAGAGCAAUUACGGACCAGCCUCCAAGAUUUGUCCGUCACUGUGUCCGUGUGUUUUGGAAAAUGGUGGUCCUGGACCCGCCGAUGA